AUGUCUCUUACAGCAUCCGCGACCUCCGCUGUGUUGACCUUGCUUGCCGACAGCCCCGAUGGCGGAAGCAAGAGGCGGUGGGAAGAUCAAUUGAGAGAGCAGCGCGAUCUGUACACACAGUUUGUGAUUAGCUCCGCGCUAGGUCUCAGCGCAUUUUUGACAUUCUGUAUCUUACGACCAAAAUGGACCGAGUUGUAUGCCGCGCGACGCCGGCAAAGAAAUGCUGCUUCGCGGCUACCUGAGCUUCCGGAUACCCUUUUCGGUUGGAUACCCGUUCUCCAUCGGAUUACAGAAGAGGAAGUGUUACAGUCUGCAGGCCUGGAUGCAUAUGUGUUCUUGUCUUUCUUCAAGUUUGCGAUCCGAUUCCUCUUGUCUGUCUUUAUCUUCGCUGUUGCGAUCAUCCUCCCUAUGCACUACAAAUACACCGGCCAAUAUGGAGUUCCUGGCUGGGAUCACAUCCCCGAAAAUAAGACUAUGACUCCAAUUGGUGAAUUUGAAAAGGAAAAGCCAGUUACAGACCCUACAUAUCUGUGGAUUUAUGUGUUGUUUGCAUAUGUCUUCAGUGGCUUGGCCAUCUAUAUGCUUCUUGACGAGACAAAAGUAAUCAUCCGCACUCGGCAAACAUAUCUCGGGAAUCAGACCAGCACCACUGAUCGCACCAUUCGCUUGUCCGGCAUCCCACAUGACUUGGGGACCGAAGAUAAGAUCAAAGAAUUUGUGGAAGGCCUGCUAGUCGGCAAAGUUGAGAGUAUCACGGUGUGCCGGAAGUGGCGCGAGCUGGACGAAUUAAUUGACGAAAGAAUGAAAGUCAUCCGUGAGCUUGAGAGAGCAUGGACAAAACAUGUGGGAUACAAGCGGCCAAAGACGGAUGGGAAUACAUUGCCACUUACCAACCAACCACCCCGUGACGCAGACGAUGAACGGUCCGGGCUCCUAUCUGGACACGAGAACGAGCAUGUCUCGGACUAUGCGAAUGAAAGACCCAAAGUUCGCAUCUGGUAUGGUCCAUUUAAGCUUCGUUUCCGGUUGAUCGAUGCAAUCGAUUACUAUGAGGAAAAGCUCCGGAAGAUUGACGAACAUAUCCAAAACGCCCGCGAGAAAGAAUACCUUACUACCGAGAUUGCUUUCGUGACGAUGGAGUCAAUUGCCGCAUCUCAAAUGCUUGUUCAAGCGAUCCUUGAUCCACACCCAAUGCAAAUGUUCGCUCGACUUGCACCUGCGCCGGCAGAUGUUAUUUGGAAGAACACUUAUUUAUCUCGCACUCGACGAAUGUUUCAGUCGUGGUCUAUCACCAUCGUCAUUGGAUUCCUCACUGUGUUUUGGUCUGUGCUCUUGGUUCCUAUUGCCUCAUUACUGGAGCUGGAGACCCUUCAUAAGAUUGUCCCCCAGCUGGCAGAGUUCCUCCAGGAGCAUCCAAUCAUCAAGUCGUUGGUUCAAACAGGUUUGCCUACUCUUGCAUUCUCGCUGCUGACGGUAGCUGUGCCUUAUGUAUAUGAGUGGCUCUCGAACAACCAAGGAAUGGUGUCACGUGGUGAUGUUGAGCUGUCCAUUAUCUCCAAGAAUUUCUUCUUCUCGUUCUUCAAUUUGUUCCUGCUGUUCACUGUGUUUGGAACAGCGAGUGGUUUCUACGGGUUCUGGGAGAAUCUUCGGGAUGCAUUCAAAGAUUCUACAACGAUUGCCUUCGCACUGGCCAAGUCGCUCGAAGGCCUAGCUCCAUUCUACAUCAACCUGUUGAUUCUUCAGGGUCUGGGCCUUUUCCCCUUCCGACUCCUUGAAUUCGGAAGUGUCGCAUUAUACCCCUUCCACUUCCUCUCAGCCCGCACGCCACGAGAAUAUGCGGAGCUAUCAACCCCACCCAAGUUUAGCUACGGUUUCUCCAUCCCGCAGACCAUCCUGAUAUUGGUUAUCUGCGUGGUUUACAGUGUGUUCCCAAGUUCGUGGCUGAUCUGUCUAUUCGGCCUGAUCUACUUCACCGUCGGCAAAUUUAUUUACAAAUACCAACUGCUGUAUGCCAUGGAUCACCAGCAACAUUCCACUGGCCGCGCAUGGCCGAUGAUUUGCAACCGCGUAUUCGUGGGGCUGGUGGUUCACCAGCUGGCCAUGAUUGGCGUUCUGGCUCUGCGCCGCGCCAUCACCCGGUCGCUACUCCUGGUUCCACUUCUAGGCUUCACCGUUUGGUUUUCAUACUGGUUUGGCCGUACAUACGAGCCCUUGAUGAAAUUUAUUGCCCUCAAGAGUAUCAAUCGAGACCAGCCGGGUGGCGACAUUUCCCCGUCGCCUUCAUCGACCCUCUCACCGCUAUCGGGCCUGGAUCGCGAUAGCCUUCCGAUACGCAUUGGCGGACAGGACCUCGAGCUGCGGCUGAAGAGGUAUGUCAACCCGAGCUUGAUUGUCCCGCUGCAUCCUGCUUGGCUUCCCGGUCACGCCGCUCGAGGCAAUGGAAAUGGCGCGUCCGCCUUUGAGGCUCAUCAGACCCCGAACGUUUAG